UCCCUACUGCGCAUGCGUGAAAGUGAGCGAGGCGUUGCUUCUCCCUCCGUCUCACGCUGGAGGAGUCUCAGUAGCGGCUGUUUCUCCUUUCCUCCCUCUCUCCCUUCGCCGCCGCGUCGAGGCCGAAAAGCGAAGCCAUGCCGCCCCCGGGCCAAGUCCGAAUGCCGGACUGGGACGCGCUGAAGCUCCGCGUGCGGACCAUGAUCACCUCCCACCGGGUCAUGAUCUUCAGCAAGAGCUACUGCCCCUUCUGCCGGAAGGUACAAGAUCUCUUUCAUUCUUUGGCAGUCGAAUAUAGUGUUCUAGAACUUGACAAGACUGAUGAAGGACCCAGCAUCCAGGAAAUGUUACUAGAAUUGACCGGCCAAAGAACUGUUCCCAAUGUGUUUGUAAAUGGAACUCAUGUGGGUGGAUGUGAUCAGACUUUUCAGGCUUACCAUAGUGGGUUAUUGCAGAAGCUUUUAGGGGAAGGCAAGGGCGAAGAAAUGGAAGUCUAUGACUAUGACCUAAUUGUUAUUGGUGGUGGUUCUGGUGGACUCGCAUGUUCCAAGGAAGCUGCAACUUUAGGAAAGAAAGUCAUGGUGCUUGACUAUGUUGUACCAUCACCAAUGGGUACUACAUGGGGACUAGGUGGCACUUGUGUAAAUGUUGGCUGCAUUCCUAAGAAGCUGAUGCAUCAGUCAGCUCUGUUAGGACAGGCCUUGCAAGAUUCAAGGAAGUUUGGCUGGGAAUAUGAUGAGCAAGUUAAACACAACUGGGAGAGCAUGGUUGAAGCAAUUCAAAAUUAUAUAGGAUCCUUGAAUUGGGGUUAUCGGGUGGCCUUACGUGAGAAGACUGUAACGUACUUCAAUGCAUAUGGGGAGUUUGUCGGGCCGCACAAGAUCAAGGCAGUCAAUAGAAAAGGACAAGAAACUUUCCACACAGCUCAGACAUUUGUUAUUGCUACAGGAGAAAGACCUCGAUAUUUAGGUAUUCCAGGAGACAAAGAAUACUGUAUUACAAGUGAUGACCUCUUCUCACUGCCCUACUGCCCUGGAAAGACAUUGAUUGUGGGAGCUUCUUACGUAGCUCUGGAAUGUGCAGGAUUUCUUGCUGGCCUGGGUUUAGAUGUCACUGUUAUGGUUCGCUCUAUCCUUCUCCGUGGCUUUGAUCAGGAAAUGGCAGAGAGAGCAGGUGCUUACAUGGAAACUCAUGGUAUAAAAUUCAUCAGGAAGUUUGUUCCCAUUGAGGUCAUAAAGUUGGAAGAUGGCAUGCCUGGAAGACUCAAAGUGAUUGCACAAUCCACAAAUGGACCAGAUAUUAUUGAAGGAGACUAUAACACUGUUUUGAUAGCUGUGGGUCGUGAUGCUUGUACGGGAAAUAUUGGCCUGGACAAAAUUGGUGUGAAAAUUAAUGAAAAGAAUGGAAAAAUACCUGUAAAUGAUGAAGAACAAACAAAUGUGCCUUAUGUAUAUGCUGUUGGAGAUAUUUUAGAUGGAAAGCUUGAACUUACACCAGUUGCCAUACAGGCAGGCAAGCUCUUAGCCCGCAGACUUUUUGGAGGGAGCUCCAUAAAGUGUGACUACGUCAAUGUUUCAACUACAGUGUUCACACCUUUGGAAUAUGGGUGUUGUGGACUAUCAGAAGAACGUGCCAUUGAACAAUUUGGGCAAGAGAACAUAGAGGUAUAUCACAAUCUCUUCUGGCCACUUGAAUGGACAAUACCUAACAGAGACAACAAUACCUGCUAUGCAAAAGUAAUCUGCAAGAAGUUUGACAAUAACCGUGUAAUAGGAUUUCAUGUUCUUGGGCCCAAUGCUGGGGAGAUUACCCAAGGUUUUGGGGCAGCAAUGAAAUGUGGUAUCACAAAGGAGUUACUUGAUGAAACAAUCGGUAUACAUCCAACAUGUGCAGAGGUGUUCACUACCAUGGAAAUUACGAAGGCUUCAGGGAAAGAUAUUGGUCAGAGUGGCUGCUGAGGUUAAACCCUGCUGUUUUAACUGUUUCCCUUCGCUCCAGUUACCUGUAUUGAAGGUUUUAAGAUGCAUACAAACAUACAUGGGUGAACAAAUGGUAUCAGACAGCAGUAUAUUGCUGUUUCUACAUAGUACAUUUCUUAAACCUCUAUUUAAAGGUAGCGGUGUCUACAGGAAACAGUUUACAACAGCAGGGUUAACUUUCAUCUUGACUUGCUUAGAAUGGCACAGAAGUGCAUUUUUGAAGUUUUGGCUCUGAACCCCGUUUGGAGGCGAGUCAUGACGGAUGAUUUCUAUGCAAAGUUGGGAAAACCAGUUCGUCCAGUCAAACAAUUAGUUUCCUUCCAGAGGAAAUUCUUGAGUCGCACAAAUGAAGUUUAAUGUUCUUAGUUUUAGUACUUUUGUAUGAAUGUGUCAGGAACAGAUGAAUGUAUAGUUGGUAACCUAUGCUAGCAACUCCUCUUAACUCCCUUGAGUCACCAUUGUGUUUUAUCUGUUGUUAACAUGAAUGGUGAGGUCUGUUUGCAGUGUUUAUAAAUAUCUCUCUUUAAAUAGUCAUAAAUUAGAAAAUAAGCGAACAAAGCUAAAGCAUUAUUCUGUAUAUGCAUCAGAGCUCACAGGGCACAUAAUAUGGUAAAUUUAUUUUUAAUAUGCUGUCUACAUAGCUCCCAGGACAAUUACCAUUUUUACAGAUUUUGUAGCAUAAAUUUAUUUUAGCAGAAAAAGAUACAACUUCUUUUUGCUGGAGUGAUUUUCUGUCAUCUUCAGAUUCCUCUGUCAUAUUUCACAAGUGAAGAAAAAUAUUCCACGUUCAAUUGAAAUCUGCUAAUAAUAACUUAAUCUUGUUCCCAUUUAUACUAUAACCAAAUAGUUUUCAUAACAUGGAAUGUAUUUGGUUUAGAUCACUUGUAUGCAAGUACUUUGCUUGAACAAUGGUAUAGCAGCAAGCAUCAAUUCAUUUUGCUUCAUAAAAAUUCCCAGUACCUUGAAACGUCUCUGGCAGGACAUUUGCUUUGAAGAAUUUUGUGUUGGGUUUGUUUUGUUUUGUCUAAAUAUGUCUUCUGAAAUGCUUUUUCAAAAGCUGUAUCAUAAUAACAGUUUUUAAAAACUAUUUAUGAUGCAUCAUGGAAUCUCAAGUUCAAUAAAUGAGUAAUGUCACAUGA